GAAAAAAAAACAACGAAAUAAAAAAAAAACAAACGAACAAAACCAUUUGACCGACGGACGUGUCUGUUAAAAAAAAAAAAAAAAUAAAUAAAUAAAUAAAUAAAACGAACAAAAAACCAAAACGAAAAAAAAAAUCAAAACAAAAAACAUGAAAAUGAAAUGGAAAAAAAAUAUCUACCAUGUACCUGGGUGAACCUCCCGAGGACACGUUCGACGUGACCUCCUUUGUUUUUUGGUGUCUUCUUCUUCUCCACCGAAUUCUCGAUCGGAUCUGGUAACGAACGACCGAACGAAACAACUACCGAUAUUUGAAAAAAAAUACCGUACGAACACUGCCUCGUUUGCUGCAUGUGGAUCGCCUUAGCAGCCUUAGCCACUGUCGGGGCCCACGUGGUCCCCCAAAACGCUCACUGUGUCGUCUACACAGACAGCUGCGGACAGUUACUGGACACCCUCCCGGUGUGCCAAGAUUUUAAUCGACAAGUUUGCAACCGUCCCGCCUGCAAGUUUAUCCAUCUCAGUGACGGAAACGUGGAGGUGAUCGAGAAUCGCGUAACCGUGUGCAGGGACGCAGUGAAGGGUGCGUGUAUGCGGCCACAGUGUAAAUAUUACCACAUACCGGUGGCCCUGCCACCGGCACCUCUGAUGGCCAUAGCAGCACCCGCGACACCCUAGUUACCCGUUCUCCUCUAAAAAGAAAAAAAAAAAAAAAAAAGAAAAAAUGGGCCUUCCGAGCUUCGCAACGGGCCAACGAAACGGGAAGAAAUCGUAACGGGAAGAGAGAGGGAGGGAGAGAGAGAGAGAGAGAGAGAGUGUGUGUGUGUGUGAGAAAAAGAGAGAGUGAGAUAAAUAGAGAGAGAGAGAGAGAGAGAGAGAGAGAGAGAGAAGUCGAGCAGAAUGGCGCUUUUGGCUCGCGUGCCAGAGCGAAUCUCGUGCUCGCUCGUUCUUCGAUCGUCUUCGAGAAGAGGGAAGAGAGAAAGAAAAAGAGAAAGGAAGAAAAGAAGAAAAAUGGAAGAGGAACGCAACGACGACGACGACGACGACGCCGAGCUUUCUUUUUUCUUUUUUUCUUAUUUUUUUUUUCUUUUUCUUUUUUUCUUUCUUUUUUUUUCUUUUUUUGUAUUUUUUGUAUUUUUUUUUUUCUUUUUUUUUUUUUUUCCUCCCUGCUGAGGGAACAUACGAAGACGAGAGGAAGCUGCGUGUCGAUUUAUCGCCUGUAUUAUCGAUCUUCUCGUCUAUUCGUCGAUAUAAAAUUUAAUUCAUUUCUCGAGUCUCGGCCUUCGCGUAUCUCCACGUGCUCGAUACAAGACCCUCCAUCUCCCCACUCCAACACCCUACCUACCACCCCCCCUCUACUCUACUCUACUCUACUCUACUCUACUCUACUCUACUCUAUUGUAUCCUACCCUAAUCUCUUUUACCUACCGACCCAUAUAGUCGUGUUACAAUUAUUAAAAGAAUCUCGAAUAUAGAUUCGUAAUAUUGAUAUUAUUAGAGGAGCCAUCCCCUCCUUUAUUUAUUCGGCGAAGAAAAACGACGAUUCGGCGUGGUCUCUUUGAAAAUGUGAAAAGGAAAAAAAAGAAAAAAAAAACAAAAGUAAGAAAAAGCAAAAAAAGGAAAAAAAUACAUAAAGGAAAAGGAAAAAAAAUCAAAUAAAUAACUAAAAUAAAUAAAUAAAUAAAUAAAUAAAUAAAUAAAUAAAUAUAAUUAAUAAAAUAAAAUAAAUAAAAUAAAUAAAUAAAUCAGCCUGAAUGUUGUAAUCGUUCAACUUUUAUGGAAAUAUAAAUUAGGCACGAUCACUCUAUUAAACUUACAUACAUACAUACAUACGUACAUACAUACAUACAUACAUAUACAUUAUAUUCUAACAUAGAACGUUUUUUGAUAAUCAAAAUUGGACGUCACUUUGAAAGUAUUUAUCUGAACUUAUUCGGAAAAUUUCAAUCUCUCUUUAUGUGGUCGUACCUAAAAGGAUAUUAAACGAAACAGAAAACAAAAAAACAAAAAAAUUAAAAAAAAAAAAAAAAGAAAAAAACAAAAAAAAAAAAAAAGAAGAAAAGAAAAGUAAAGAAAAGAAGAACAAAAAAAAAGAUAAAUAAAGGAAAAGAAAAGCAAAAAACAAAAUAAAAAAAAAACAGAAAAAAAGGAAUAAUAUAAUAUCUAUAAUAAAAGGAGGCGACGAUUGACACGUGGAAAAAAAGAGAGACACGUGGUCUUCCUUCUCGAUACCGUCUCUCUCUGUUCUAUCAUCGGCUUCCCAUAAGAGCAAAAGGGGGUGAGGGGUACGCUCGCUCGCAUUUUGCGUCUCUUCCCAAUUUUCGAAACUUCCAUAAGACCGUUCGCGCUUCUUCGCUCAUCGCGUAUGCCCUGACGGUACAAAAAAAUCGUCUCUUCGUUCGCAUCGGUUCCGUGAAUACGUAUGUGUAAACAGGGAAAAAAAAAGCAAGCAAAAACAAAAACAAAAGCAAAAGCAAAUUAAAAAGAGACGCGUGGAAAGAUUUCUCCCUUCGUUUUUACGUCGCCCUCGUAUUUCCAUUAACAACAACAAAAAGAGAUGAAGAGACAAAGAGAAAGAAAAAAAUACGUCGACGACAUAUUUCACGCCGAAUCGACGAUCUUCGCGGAGGGAACUUCGAUCUUCUUUCUUUCUUUUUUUUUUUUUUAAUUUUUUUUCUCUUUUCCUUUUUUUUUUUUUUCUUUCCUUUCAAUUUUUUAUCCUUUAUUCGUGUUGAGAUGACAAUUCUUCAAAUAGUUCCACGCAUCGGUCUCACAAUUCUAUCUCUCUUUUCUUUUUUUUUUUUUCCUUUCCCCUCUCUUUUUCUAUAAUACAUUUUGAUAUUUUUUAUUCGAACUUAAUAGUUCAUAGUUUUCCUCUUCCUUGUUACGUCGAAUAGCGAUCGACGAUCUAACAAUAUGUUAAAAAUAGGUUCGUUAGUAGUUUCAUUCAGAUCGACUUUAAAAGAUAUUGAGAUUUAUUUUCUUCGAUAUAAACAUAUAUAUAUAUAUGUGUGUGUGUGUGUGUGUGUGUGUGUGUGUGUGUAUUGCGUGUAUGCAUGUGUGUGUGUAUGUGUGUAUGUGUGUAUGUGUGUUUAUAUCGAGGGUACACGCAAUCAUAGCACGCGUGGGAGGUACGUACAGGCGCCGCCGUUGCGUAGGCGCGAUCGCGAAGAAAUACGAGGGACAUGUUUUCGAUUAUUGUUCUAUAUGAGAUCGUAUAAGUAUUAUAUAUAUAUAUAUAAAUAUAUAUAUAUAUAUACAUAUAUAUAUAUAUAUAUAUAUACAUACACGCAUACACAUAUAUACAGAAACACACAGAUUCGAGACACUAGUACACGUAUAAAGAUAAUUACAAUACUUAUGACAAACAAGAACAAUUCUAAUACACGAAAAAGCACUUAUGAUAAAUGUACGCGUGUACUACGUAAGCGCGAUUGUGGUGAGGGCGCAUGCGCGCGCUCGCGAUUAAAAAACCCCGUAUAUUGUAUCGCAUAAGUAAAUAAUUAAGUAGGCUAGCUAGGACCCACGGGUCACACACAAGCGACGAACGUAUUAGGAAAAAUGGUGAUCAUUAAUAAUUCGAAGGAAUAAGAGACGCGUAAGCUAAGGAUGAAUUUAAUUAAGUUCCCCGUAAAUCGGUUGGAAAUAGGGAUUUGAAAGAAAAGGAUGAAGAAAAAUGAUGAUAGAAAAAAAAAACAAAAAAAAAAAAAAAUUAAAAAAAAAAGGAAAGAAAAAAAAAGGAAAAAAAGAAAAACGACGUAAAAAUAUGUGGACGACCGCGCGUGCGUGCGCGUGAGGAUACGACGAGAAGAUGUGUGACAUUUAGCGGCGAAUAUAACGAAGUUUUUAUACUCGUAUAUAAAAAAUUAUAGUUAUAUUUUGAUUUUAUCAUGUAUAUACGUAUGUAUAUACGUAUGUGAAAGAUUAUAUAUAUGUAUGUAUAUAUAUAUAUAUAUAUAUAUAUAUUAUAUAUGUACAUAUAUAUAUAUAUAUAUAUAUAUGUGUGUAAAGAGCGGUAUGGAUUCUGAUAGAAAUGAAGUAUAAUUAACGGAAGGCUUUAAUUAGGAAGCAUGAGAGCGAAAGAGGGAGAAAGGAAGCAACACAAAACACUUAUAGACGGAGUUAUAUAUACGUAUAAGGUGGGGAGAGUGAAAAAAGUUAAAAGAAAAGAAGUGGGGGGAGGGGGAGGGGGAGAGGAAAAAGGAAAGAGAGAUAGAGAUAGAUAGAUAUAUAGAGAGAGAGAGAGAGAGAGAGAGAGAGAGAGAGAGAGAGAGAGAGAGAGAGAAAAAGAAAGAAAAUAUCGUAUCUUCCAAGCGCGGGAGAAGCGAGCCUUAAAGUGAAAUUUU